GUCUCCUUUUUGGGCUAUCAAUUGCAAGAAUGGUGUGCGCAUCCGGACUUGUCGCCCCAAAGAGCUACGCAGUCACCGUGUCUUGUCACUGGCCCUGGACCAUCCCUAGGGACAUGUUCGUUACAAAAUCUGGAGGGCCGGAGCUGCUAGGUAAUGAAUUGCCAAGGCUGUAAUGAUGGACAUUUCUUGACAGGCACAGACACAUUUCAAUCUUGCCUGCAAAGCGCCGUUACCCCUGGAGCUAUCGAUGAGGUCUGAGGUGGCCCGCAUCUCUGCCAACCCCACCUCAGUACACAUAAGCAGCAUGCUACCUGAAUUGCCCACCGAGACUUGGGAGCGGGCAAUUGACUAUCUCUGGAAUGAGCCAGCUGAUCUCAGGAAUUGCGCAUUGGUCUGCAAGGCAUGGUAUGCCAGGAGCAAAUACCAUCUCGUCGCCACAACCACUCUCGGACUUCGGCAAACCACACAUCGUUUCGCAAAACUACUCGAUACACAUCCGCAACUACGAGCCAGAGUCAAGGUGGUCGUAGUCCUCGGAACGGUGAGCACCGGAGAGACACGCCGACCGAUCCCCCACUUUGGGACUUUCGCGUCGAUGCUGGCGGGAAAGCUACCGUCGUUGGGCCACCUUGGCAUUGGCAACGCAGCAUGGCAGUCCGGAACUAUGCACCGCCAUGUAUUUGUUCAUUUAUCGACCUUCGUUAAUGUUGCCGGACUUCAUCUGGUCCACGUCACCUUUCCGUCCAAGAUCAUCUUCGGCCGGCUCGUCUGCGCACUCCCCAACCUCAGAGAGCUUAGCUGUCAGACGUUGAUCUUCCGGUCGAAGGAUUUUCAUCCGUCAGCUCUGAGCACUACCCCUCCACGACUCGCAACCCUUCAUUUGGACGGUCCGUCUGAUGAUGUCGUGGACUUGCUUGUCCGACAUUUACGUAUCGCCGGUGGCUUACAGGAACUCAGGGCGGGUUGGGUGGACAACCGGAAGGAGGCGACGGAGGACUACGGUUUGAGCGACGCAAUCGCGACAACGCUGCAGCAUACGGGGUCGGAACUCAAACGUGCGUACAUUCGGCUGCGGCUGCCACCAGCAAUAACUCCCGGGCAGGGGAUAGGAGAACAUCGACAGACUCUGACGCUCGGUCAAUGCGCCGGACUGGAGCAGUUCGCGAUCUCAUUCUGCCUACAGAAAGUACUGGCUGCACCGUCUCGAACGCCUCAACGGCUUUACUCGCUCUUACAAAGCAUCAACUCCUCAAAACUUUGGGUUGUAGGCAUCAGACUAGACACCCGACUCAUCGACUCCAUCGGGGAGUCUGAGAUCCUAACCCUGGCGGAAGAGUUCUUGGAGCAACAGCGAUGUGUGCUGAUAGACGAGGUACUCUCCUCCGACUCGCGCUUUGCAAGCGUGAGGUAUGUGUGGGUACAGUUGAUGUGUGCUUCGGGAAGCACCUCCCCGGACCAUGAUAGUUGGCAAGCAACCAUACAAACGAGGCUUCCGAAACUUCAUGCACGUCGCGUGCUAAGUACAUCGGUGCGCGUUUGGUUGCAGGACGACUCGUUCUAAGGAUAACGCUUGAAGCCUUUGUGUACACGUACUGCAGAGGGACAAAUCGGGUGAUGCUGUGGCCACUUGUCGAAUUGCGACGUGGAGAGGUGCUACAUAAUGUAAGCAUGAAGACCCCUUCCCCUCUUUUAUGGACGAAUAUGCAGCUUGAGCUUGGAACGUAACGCCUACCGUACAUGACCGGUUUAUUGGUCGGCCUACUAGGCUACUACUAGAGCAAUAUCCUCGCAGCAGCUUGCACUGGUAGGUUAGCGAGCCAAGUCGAAGACGGUCACAGUGAUUUUAGAGGCGAGGGACCAAAUGCACAUUGUGCAGGACGGGUCAAUGGCAUAACUAUCGGCUACUAAGUUAGUGCGAGCUAUGUAUCACAAAUAUUCCAUUCCGUCGACGUCGUACACCAGGGGCCCAGGGGCCCAGGAAACAGCGA